AUGGCGACGACCUCUUCCUCUGGUGGUCAGGAAGUUGCUAUCAAAAGGCUAACUAAGGAUUCCUUGCAAGGAACUGAGGAAUUCAGGAAUGAAGUUAUUCUAUUGCAACAUAAAAAUUUGAUUCAACUACAUGGUUGUGUCGAGGGAGGUGAAAAGAUCAUGAUAUAUGAGUAUUUGCCUAAUAGAAACUUAGAUGCUAUGCUUUUCGAUAGCUCAAGAAAAAUAUCGUUAGAUUGGCCAAAUCGAUUUAACAUAAUAAAGGGAGUUGCAAGUGGACUUCUUUACCUCCACCAAGAUUCAAGCUUGGCCAUAGUUCAUAGAGAUCUCAAAAGCAAUGUUUUGCUAGACGUGGAGAUGAGACCUAAGAUAGCAGACUUUGACAUGGCAAGGAUCUUCGAUGGUAACCAGAAAAAUGCAAACACACGGCGUGUCGUCGUAACAUAUGUGGACAUGGUUCCUGAAUACGCAAUGUAAGGAGUCUUCUCAAUGAUGUCUGAUGUCUAUAGCUUUGGUGUCCUAAUUUUGGAGCUUUGGACCACGGGUUAA